AUGUUGUUCAGUGGUCUGAAUGACGGGAUGGCGGAGUUGAUUCGCCUGUGUGAGGGACAAAAUGCUGUAUUUUCAAUGUUCAUACUUCUGGUGCUAUCUCAAAUGUCUGAUAAGUUUGAAGAAAGGCCGCAGGAACAGCAGACACAACAGCGAAAGAGUUUAGCUGGCUCUUUUUGGGAACAGUUGAUCAAACGCUGUAUUUCUGACACCAGAGGUGUUCUCAGACGACAUGUAAAUUCCAUGAACCAAAUGUUCCGUGACAGCAAGCCGAGUAGAAAGGCGCGCUGUGGUCUGCUGAACACGAUGCGAGUUUAUGAGAACUUUGCUGAGUCUUCACUCCUUGUCUUCGGAGCGGGCUCCACGAUAAUGGAGCAAGCGCACAGUGAUCUCAUCUGCUGCCUCAUGAACGAACUCGAUCGUGUCGCCGCGGAGAGCGUAAAAACACCGCCAGAAGUCGUCUUGCUAGAGAACUACCAUCGCUUGUAUGACAUCCUGUGUCGGUUGAAACUACCCUCCUUGAACGACACUCGAAAGGAAGCCAAGGCGAGAUACCAACGCGCCCUGCAAGAGUACUCUAUGAACUGCAUGGGACGACCCUUGGAAGAUCUCCAUAAUUUUUUUGAGCAAGUCCAAAGCGCUUUGGAUUCGGGAGUCCGCCCCGAUGCAAUUUGCUACCAAUUCGCUUUUCAAAAGCAUAUGCUCCAAAAGAUCAUCAAGGAAUAUCCUGGCAAAGAGGUUAAGAAAGGACUCGACAGUCUGCGUAAGAGAGUGGAAAAGAAUCUCUCAGAGGAGGCCAAUCUUUUCCCUGUUGUUUGGCGGUCGAUUCAAUCAGAGGUCACAAAGCAGUGUAUGUUCUAUGAGGAAUUGAUCAAGAAAUGCUACUCUGACUCCGGACUGGCUCUCGAUUUCACAAUUGAUGAUCUUCAAAAAUAUUUCAUUGUUGGACUUAGUCAUUCGUCUGGAGGUGAUAACAGUUUAAUCUUUAAUCAGUGCCUGUACGUAUGUCGCGUGACUCAAUGCAACUCUACGGAAAGUGCAACCUACCUCUUGCUUAAAACAAAACCUUAUGAGCCUCGAAAUCUUAGUGUACUAGAAAAGAUAAUCACUUGGAACUGUGAAGAUGAGUGUAAAUAUCAUUGUAUGUGGUGGACUGUUGAUGAACAUCGGCUUAAAGGAGUAUCUCCUCAACAGUUUUAUGGAAGAUGGCCCCAAAUUCGCCUGUUUGGUGCCCAGGAGCCGGCGGCAGCCUUCUUCUCCUUCCUCAACCUUGUCACCCAACUAGUGACAAUGCGGCGUUUCCUUCUUUGUGUGCCCCCUCAAGCUCCACUCUAUGCCUUCUGGGUGCUUUUUGCCUCUGCUGGUGCUAAUGCCUGGCUUUGGUCAACCGUUUUUCAUAUCUGUGACACGGAUUUCACUGAGGUCUGUUUCCGUUAUCCUUGCCCUACCGCUUGGGUCAUUAGGCUAGAUCCGAAGGAGGUCAGAUUAGGAAUCACGACGGCGUGGAGGGGAUCUGAUCUUGUCCCACUUGUGGUUGUAAUAGGUCUGCUGACGUUGGUAGGAUGGCUUGUGGGAAUUCCCAAAGCUCGGGAUGGGGAAGAGCAGACGUCUUAUCGAGUUAUGCAAGCCACGGUUUUCUACAUUGCCACUGUGGCUACGCUUGAAUUCAUCGACUUUCCUGCCAUCCUGUGGCUGUUUGAUGCUCACUCUCUGUGGCACGCUGCUACUAUUCUCAUUCCCUUCCCUAUAUUUUCGUACGCCAUCAAGGAUUGCCGCAACCUUUAUCGCAUUGAGCUGAAAGUCAGAACAUGA